AAAGCGAGAAAAACCCAAUUUAGGUACAUAUUUGCACAAAUUCAUUUGUCAAAAAUUUGGACAUAUCUCAGAUUGUUAUGAUACAAAUAUGUUUAAGCAAAUAAUGUUUAAAAAUACUUUCGUUCAAUCAAACGCGAAUGAAGAAUUGUUAGUUUUCUUAUCAGUUGAAAGCACAGCGGCGAAGAUAUUUUGAUUUGUUGAUUGCCACACUCUUGUUGAUAAUAUUUGGGGCUUGUCGAAUGUUAGAUAAGCUUAAUUGAAAUUGGAUAGAAGCAGCAGGCAACAAUAUAAUGAAAACUCGGUUUCUUUCGGACUAUAAAAGACAGCGCUGACCACAAUGUAUCAUUCAGUGUUUACUUAACCAUUCUCAACUGAACCCGCAUCGGAAUGGCAAACAAUAUGUCAGGUAUCUACCUCUUGGCGAGUAUUCUGUGCCUGGCCAUUGGUGGAUCUGUGGGCCAAAUUAUCGAAGGCAAUUUUAAUGUGACCGCCGCAUGUACAACAGUGAAAACUGGCACCACAAUUGGCAGCAUUCUAUCCUGUGACUAUUACUACGUUUGCACCCAAAAUGGACCGGUUCAAACCAAUUGCCCGACCGGUUACUCGUACGAUUAUAAGGCAGCAUCGUGCAGUCCGUCGUCCAGUGUCAGUUGCUAUUAUGGUAUGGCCAAUCCUUGCCAGGGCAAAGUUGGCGACAAUUGGGUACCAGUUAUUGGUACUUGUAGACAGUGGGUCUACUGCAAGAAUGAUGUAGCCAGCGGCAGCGGUACCUGUGUCAACUCAAUCUUCAACCCAGACACUGAAAGCUGCGUUUACGGCACCUGUACUGAGAGUCUCACCUCAGGUCCCAAUAUAGAAAACCUUUGCCAAGUGCUCAAACCAACAAGUUACUUCGGAUCCACGAGUAACUGUGCGAUAUAUUACUAUUGCUAUCCAGACGGCUCAAUGGGACAAGGUGUCUGUCCUAAUGGUGCAUUUGUUGUACAACAAGGUGCUUGUGGCUAUGAUACAAAUGGCAAUUGUGACCGAAUCACCGAUAGUCCAGUGCCAAACACGUGCGAUAGCUCAGGUGAAACAACUGGCAAUAAUGUAACGUGUGGCGACUAUUAUUACUGCGACGGCAGCCAAUAUGUGUCCAAGAGCUGUUCCAUUGGUCAAUACUAUGAUACAUUAACUAGUCAAUGUACAUCACGCCAGUCAGCAACGCCAGCUGAAGGCUGCAAUCGUUGCCAGUAUGCAAAUGCUCCAUUUGUGAAUGCUGUUGAUACGGAAUACUGUAACGAAUACUAUUAUUGUAAUAAUGGUGUUCAAGGCACUGUAAACACGUGCCCCACUGGCUACUUUUUCAACGAAGCCAGCCAGGGAUGUUUCCCUUAUGUUGGUCUUAGCAUAUAUAGGGCAAACAAUGGAGCCUGCUCCGGAGCUGUCGCACCAACAACAACACCAUCACCAUCAACUACGGAAGGUUCAAAAACAACAACACCAGCACCAAAAUCAACACUAGCACCAACUUCAACAGUAGCACCAACAACAACACUAAAACCAGCAUGAUCCCGAUGAACACCAUCACCAGUUGGUGAAAAUAAAAACCUUAUAUGGGAAAAAAAAAA